AGUCAUCGCUGAGAGAAACUGUUGGAAAUGGCCUCCAGGUGUCCGUGUUGUCGGCGACAGAGAUCUUCAUCUCCAUCUCAGAGAAUCUUACCUGGUCAGACACUUCGCAUCGUGAUGAUUGGGAAAACAGGAGUGGGAAAAAGCGCUGUGGGAAACACCAUCCUAAACAGAAAGGUUUUUGAAUCAAAGCCUUCUGCAAACUCAGUCACUGAAUCAUGCCAUAAAGCAUCAGUUUAUGAUACAAGAGAAAUUUACGUGAUCGACACUCCUGGAAUCCUGGAUACCAGCAGAGAGAAAGACAUCAUCAAAAGAGAAAUUGUGAAAUGUAUUAAGGUUUCAGCACCAGGUCCUCAUGCCUUCCUGCUGGUGAUACAGAUCGGCCGUUUCACCCCUGAAGAGCAAAGAGCUGUCCAAGCCCUGCAAGAGCUGUUCGGGGAAGAUGCUUCAAACUACAUGAUCGUGCUCUUCACUCAUGGAGAUUUACUCGAAGGUCAAACUAUAGAUGAGUAUGUGAGGGAAGGCCACAUCGAGCUCCGCAGAGUCAUCCAGAGUUGUGGUGGUCGAUAUGCGGUGUUCAAUAACAAUAUAAAGGAUCGCACUCAAGUCAAGACAUUAAUUGAUAAGAUUGAUCAAAUGGUGGCAGUAAAUGGAGGAGAAUGCUACACUCAAGAGAUGUUUCGAGAAGCAGAAGAAAAGAUUAGGCAACAGAAAGCGAAGAGAGAGGAUGCAGAGCUUCAGGAAUAUCCGUUUAGCUUUCUCGGGAAUCUUGAACACAGAGUCACUUUGUUCCAAAGGAUUUUAUUGGAAGGCUAUCGUGAACAGUUUGCUAUUGAGAGUGGAAUUUACAAAUGAACUAAAGACGCGUAGCAAACACACCUGCGGCCUCAUUUAUAAAAUGUUUAUUUUGAAAGAUCAUUUAGCUAAAGCGUAAUUCAAAGAAAACUAGGCAUGUCCCAAUCAGAGUUUAUUUGCCCUCAAGUCCAAGUCGGAGUCAUUUGAUUUUGAGUAUCAACCAAAACCCGGUCCGAUACUUCUAUAAUGCAUAAAAUGAAUAAAAAAAUUGUAAAAAAAAAAAAAAAAAAAGAGCGAAGUAACAGAUCAAGGGUAAUCCUUAUUUUUUUAAUUUAAUUCAACUUAUUUUAACAUUCAACAACUCUGUUAACAAACGGAGCACGUCCGUGAGGUAGCUUGAACAAUCGAGUAAUAAAUAACAUCAAUUCUUCACUUUCGGACUUUAGCACAACAGUAAACAUAGAAAAAUGCAUAUCUCACAGUUUGCUAUGGCAAUGCAAACUGCAACGCAAUGCAAUGCAACUUUAUAAUUGCUCCAGACCACAGACAUACUUGCGCUUUUCGCUUCAAGCUGAUUUCGUGUUUUACUUUGCCAGCAUUUAACCAAUAGCAUCUCUGCAACAAAUUGAUGUCAUGCCACACGUGUUACUGUUUCUGUGUGAUGGCAAGAAAGAGCUCUAACUCUGUGCCACCGCAUAACUACAGAUGUGUUAAAAAAUAAUGAGAAUAUAUAAUGUAUUCAUGUAUUUUCGAGUCCUGAUCGGGUGGUAACAUCUGAUUCCGAUCAAAUCUGGACAUUCCUAAAUCCUCAUUCAUAUGCCUCUUGUUUGAGGACAUUUUACCAUCUUCAUUAAAAAAAAAAUGCACGUCAAAAAUGCCAGUUCAAGGGCAUGUUGAGCCAACAAUCGGUGAUUAUCAAAAGCAGUAUUAAGUAUUUGCGUAAGUAACAUACAAAGGCAAUGCAGACACUUUUUUUGUAUGUAAAUACUAGGUUUUCAUGUGGACAAACGGCAAACCAGUGUAAAAAAUAAACAACACCCGUGUUCGUGUAGACAGGGCCUAAAUAUCAAAUGAUCUUGAAAUUGUGCACAGAUGAAUGCUAUCAGAUCUCCACUUUGUAAACGUCCCUUAAUUAUCUGAUUAAUACAUAUCUGCUUUUCUAUGCUUGAGAAUGAUGAGCACAAAAAAAAAAAAAAAAAAAAAAA